GGCGUUCCUUAUUUAGUGAUCCGUGCUGUGUGUUGAUUGUUGUAAACGAAGUAAUUUUUGAAGAGAGUUUUUGUUUCAUAGUUGGGUGUCACACAUGCGUGUACUCAGGCGGAGAAAGUUGUAUUUGUAGGAGUGAUAUUGUAACCGAUUUAAUAACAAAAUUGAGCAUGACAUCUGGGAAAGAUAAGCUGGGUAUGUCUCUAGAUGAGAUUAUAAAGCUGAAUAAGAAGAAACCUUUUUCAGGCCCAGGAAGUGUCACAUCUAGAGGUACUCAACAGUCACGAAGUAGACGUGGUGGUAAGGGCAACAGAAAUUACCAAAGUAACCGAAGUACUGUUUUGAUAAAAGGCAGAUUUCAAGGACAAGGUGGAAAAUUUAAUGAGGCAUCAAACAGAAACCAGUUUUGGGCCCAGAAACAGGGCAAAUUUUAUGGGCAGAGCUCACUUCUCAAGCAGUAUGGAAGUACAGCAAGUUUGGGCCGUAAAGUACGAAAUGCUGCAAGUACUGGCACUAAUCGUCAUUACAGCAGUUUUCGAGGACGAUUGCGCUAUCGUGGGCAGCAGUUGGCUCGUAACAGAAUCAGACUGGCAACACAGAUCCUCAGUAGGAGACAAAAGAACAGACAGCAAACAUUGCAGUAUUGGAAUUCUGGUUCUGUUCAAGGUGGAUACAAGAUUACGUCCGCUUCCAAAGGUGUGCGAGGACUUCCAAUGAAGCAGCGGAGAGGUUUGCAAGCUAAUCGAGGCACAGUGAACUCUUUACGAUCUGAUCAGAUCAUACGUCUUCAGAAACAGCAGAAUAUACAACAAAAAUUAAACCAUGCAAGAGCGCUGAAGUCCAAUUGGCUUGAGGACAGUAACUCAGUGGCUGGGUCAUCUGAUAUGCUGACUGUUUGUAUACCCAAUGACCUGGCGACAAAACGUGGUUUCACGCCGCGCUCCAACUUAGUCAAAAAGUUUGGUGGAAACAGGAAUUUCAAAGGUAAAUAUGGAAGAGGUUCAGUUGCUAGACGCAGCAACAAAAAGAGCAACAACCAUCUUGGUCAUCAGAGCAUAGCAGCUGCAGAUGGAUCUUCAAGUGUUGUUGAUAUCUCACCUGAAGGUUCUAUUGUAACAACUAUCAGUCGAUACAGUAGAGCAUCAUCUGUUGGCCGCAACCAACGUGCAGGAUCAGUAAUCAGGGGUGCCAAACAGAAUAGGACUCUGACAGUUGAACAGUAUGUGCCCAUGACUAAUGUAAGAAGUGCUCUCAAUCUGCAGUUGCAAAAGGAGAUUGCAGCUAUACAGGGGAAGACUUUUCAACUGUCGCCAAAUUCUAUGGAUAUUACAAAUCAUGCUAGUGGAUUUAACACUGCUUUUGGUCUGUCUGGAUUUAAACCAGUCCCCUCUCUUACUGCAACCACAUUGAAUGAGCGCUUUAGUUUAGCGCUGUGAAAUGUUUUACCUUUUGAUCUUCAGGACUACUAUUUUUGUACAGAAUUGAUUGUAAAUCUGAGCACUCAUUAUUUUGCAUACUCAUAUUGUUUCAUCGUACUGGAUCUUAAAAUUGAACAAAAUUUUAGUACAUAUAUAUAGAGACCAGAAUGGAAUAAUUGUUUUUUUAUUUGCUACAUGUUUUAUUUUCAGUUAUUGUUGCCAUAACAUUGGGACUUGAUUUGAUGAACAGAAUUGUUUAUUUUACUGUAAAAACAGAAUAUACUGGUUACAUUGAAAUGAUUGUUUAUCAUGAUGCAAGCAGUAAUGCUUAUUGGCAGUGUUCAUUGCAGUGAUAACAUAUAUGAAUGUAAUGUGUUAGCCACUUUAGUUAUAAUGACAUAGAGAGAUUAACAUGAUAUGUACUAUUCAGUGAACUGUAUGUCAAAACCAAAUAAAGGUUCUUGCUCUGUU